AACAAUUAUUGUCCCAGAAUUUGACAGGGCGACGAGUCUUUUGCUAAGCAACGAUGUAGAUUUUCGGGGGCAUUUUAAGACAUUUUGUUCAAACUUUUGCAAAAUGUCUGGGCGAGUAGUAAAAUUCGCGACUGACCAGGACAAAACUGUCCUAAUGGGAAACUUUGAAAAGCGAGGAUGGGUACAAGUUUCACCCGAAGAAGAUUGGAAUUUUUAUUGGAGCAAUGUGCAGACAACUCGGAAUAUUUUCAAUGUUGACACUGGCUACAGGCUGCAAGAUGAUCAGGUCAUCAAUCACUUUCCCAACCACUAUGAGUUGACGAGGAAAGAUUUAAUGGUCAAGAACAUCAAGAGAUAUCGCAAGGAGUUGGAUAAAGAGGGCAGCCCACUAGCAGAAAAGGAUGAAAACGGCAAAUACAUUCAUCUUGAUUUCAUACCGGUCACAUUCCUGCUGCCAGCUGAUUACAAUCUCUUUGUUGAGGAGUUUCGGAAAAAUCCCUCCAGCACGUGGAUCAUGAAACCCACUGGAAAAGCUCGUGGUAUAGGCAUCUUCCUGAUCAACAAGUUAUCGCAGCUGAAGAAAUGGUCACGAGACAGCCGCACAUCUUCAUUCCAAGCUCCUUCAGCGAAGGAUGCCUACGUCAUCUCCAAAUACAUCGACAACCCUCUGCUGAUUGGAGGCAAGAAAUUUGAUCUUCGCAUCUACGUGUUGGUGACAUCAUACCGGCCUCUCAAGUCUUAUAUCUAUAAGCUUGGCUUUUGUCGGUUCUGCACAGUCAAAUACAGCGCCAAUGUUAACGAGCUGGAUAACAUGUUCAUUCAUCUGACCAACGUCUCCAUUCAGAAGCACGGGGAGGAGUAUAAUUCUCAGCACGGUGGGAAGUGGACUGUACAUAAUCUCAGGGUGUACUUGGAAGGAACGCGAGGCAAGGAGGUGACAGACAAGCUUUUCGAUGAGAUGAACUGGGUCAUCGUACACUCACUCAAGGCAAUGGCAAAUGUGAUGGCCAAUGAUAGACAUUGUUUUGAGUGUUAUGGUUAUGACAUCAUCAUCGAUGACAACUUGAAGCCUUGGCUGAUCGAGGUCAAUGCCUCACCUUCGCUGACCUCAACGACAGCCAACGAUCGCAUCAUGAAGUACAACCUCAUCAAUGACUCCCUCAACAUCGUCGUGCCGAACGGCGAACCACCUGACGUGAGAUGGAACAAGAUCCCAUCCAAGGAAAGCUAUGGCAACUAUGAAUUGCUGUACGAUGAAGAGUUGGCACAGUUGGAUAGCAUGGAGAGAGACAGCAAAAGUCGGCUAGCUGGGGGGAUGGGCUUCGGAGCAAGGGGGCGGGAUGCUAAGACAAAAGGCCAAGCUACAUGGAAGUGAUAAUUGAAAUGACUUCAGUAUCUGUGAUGGAAAGGGUGGGCGGGGCAUAGAGGCAAGGGGGAGGGAUGCUAAGACAAAAGGCCAAGCCACAUGGAAGUGAUUGAAAUGACUUCCGUGUCUGUGAUGGAAAGAGUGGGCGGGGCAUAGAGGCAAGGGGGAGGGAUGCUAAGACAAAAGGCCAAGCCACAUGGAAGUGAUUGAAAUGACUUCCGUGUCUGUGAUGGAAAGAGUGGGCGGGGCAUAGAGGCAAGGGGGAGGGAUGCUAAGACAAAAGGCCAAGCUACAUGGAAGUGAUAAUUGAAAUGACUUCAGUGUCUGUGAUGGAAAGGGUGGGCGGGGCAUAGAGGCAAGGGGGAGGGAUGCUAAGACAAAAGGCCAAGCUACAUGGAAGUGAUUGAAAUGACUUCCGUGUCUGUGAUAAAAAGGGUGGGCGGGGCAUAGAGGCAAGGGGGAGGGAUGCUAAGACAAAAGGCCAAGCUACAUGGAAGUGAUGACUUCAGUGUCUAUGAUGGAAAGGGUGGGUGGGGCAUAGAGGCAAGGGGAAGGGAUGCUAAAACAAAAGGCCAAGCUACAUGGAAGUGAUUGAAAUGACUUCCGUGUCUGUGGUGGAAAGGGUGGGCGGGGCAUAGAGGCAAGGGGGAGGGAUGCUGAAACGAAAGGCCAAGCCACAUGGAAGUGAUGCAUCAUUGAAACGACUUCAGUGUCUAUGAGAGAAAGGGUGGGCGGGGCAUAGAGGCAAAGGGGAGGGAUGCUAAGACAAAAGGCCAAGUGAAAUGACGUCAGUACUAUGAGAGAAAGGGUGGGCAGGGCAUCGAGGCAAAGGGGAGGGAUGCUAAGACAAAAGGCCAAGUGAAAUGACGUCAGUGUCUAUGAGAGAAAGGGUGGGCGGGGCAUAGAGGCAAAGGGAAGGGAUGCUAAGACAAAAGGCCAAGCUACAUGGAUGCGAUCUGUAUAACACCGAUAUGGGCAAAAGGAUGUCAAGGUCAAAGGUCAUUCCAAGGAUUUUCCAAGAUGGCGGAUGGAUUCUUCCAUUUUCUCGACUCUUACUCCACUCUUUCGCUGAUACAAAAUUGUGUCCGAAGGAGCAGUAACCCUUUCUACAUAGUACAUUUUGUUGGAAACAAUUAAAUAAAAGGAUGCAUAGUUCAUCAGGACACAUUCUUUAAUGCUUUUAUUUGAGUGAAGUAAAGCAAAAUACCUGCCAAACAAUUAAAAAAUAGUAUGAAGUCAAUUGCAAUGAUACUUGCAUGGCAAACUACACAGGUCAGGUGUAACAGGGACACAAAAAUGCCACUUGUUUGGCCCCAAAUUUAUGGAAUAAGCUGUGUGAAAUAAGCUGUGCGUGUACAGAAUUCAUUGUGUGAACCUCAUAACACUGUCCGUGAACGGAAUUUCAGAGAAAAAGGUUUUAAUUGAUUAUUUUGUACUGGUUGCAAUAAAGAUGACAUAAAUUGUUAUUGACACUAUA